AAAAAAAAAAAAAAGCCAAGCCAAGAGCGAUAGGGAGCCUAUCAAUUGUCAUAUCGGCAACUAAAUCUUCGGUGCUCCUAUAUCGCUCCGAACAUGGAGCCACUAUUUUUUAAAGGUCCCCCGGACUUCUCUCUCCACAUCUUUCCUGCUUCUGUGUCCAUUUUGCAGAAAAGGCGCAACGGAGUAGUUCUUUCUUGACGGUGUCUUUCCAGUACAACGGCAUAAGACAUGGAUUUACCACCCAAAAUCCUCAUCGUAGGUGGAGGUGUCUUCGGAUUAUCCACUGCCCUCUCACUUUCCCGGAGGCAUCCAACAAGCGAAGUCACCGUUCUGGAGGCAUCGCCCACGAUUCCCAACCCCGAAGGCUCUUCAGUUGACGCCUCACGCAUCGUUCGCGCUGACUAUUCGCACCCCGUGUAUACGAAACUCGCAGACGCAGCCAUCGAGCGCUGGCGCAAUACCGAAUGGGGCGCCGAAGAUAACCGAUAUAUCCAAAGCGGACUACUUCUCGUCUACCCAGAAGGAAACACAAACGGCAAAGAAUACGCCAGGAAGAGUUAUAACAAUGUCAAAGAGCUAGGAAACGACGUCGAGCUACUGCCAUCCAAAAAAGAUGUUCUGCGAGUGGCGCACGCAUACGGAGAGGAAUUGAAUGUGGCGGGUGGCUACGUGAAUUGGGGUUCAGGCUGGUCGGACGCCGAAGCCGGAGUUCGAUAUGCAAAGAAGCUUCUCGAUACGGAGGGCAAGGUCACGUUCAAAACCGGGGAAGUCAAGAGCCUCCUCUACGCAGACCAAUCUGCUGGUACCCCUCAGCGCAAAGUGACUGGUGUUCUCUUGGAAGACGGAUCCUCCCUCACGGCCGAUCUGGUCGUUCUUGCGACGGGUGCUUGGACAGGUAAGCUCGUCGACCUCCGCGGCCGGGCCCUCUCAACGGGUCAGGCGGUUGCGUUUGUCGAGAUCUCCGAUGAGGAGCAGCGGCGGCUGGAGAACAUGCCUACGAUCCUUAACUUCGCAACGGGUUUCUUCAUCAUCCCGCCACGCAAGAACCUGUUGAAGAUCGCUCGUCACGCCUACGGCUAUGUCAACCCCAAGAACGUGCCCGUUCCCGGGGUUGAGGGAGAAACGAUGGAAGUCAGUCUGCCGGAACCCGGGGUCCCGGUUCCGUUAGAAGGUGAAGAAGCUCUGCGAUCCGCGUUGAGAAAUCUACUACCUAGCAUGGGUGACCGGCCAUUCAUCCAGACUCGAGUCUGCUGGUACACAGACACACCCCAAGGUCACUUCAUUAUCACUUAUCAUCCCGACCAUUCGAAUCUCUUCCUCGCCACCGGUGGCAGUGGGCACGGGUACAAGUUCCUCCCGGUGCUCGGGGACAAGAUCGUCGAUGCUAUGGAGGGGAAACUUGAGCCGGAGCUGGGCGAGAUUUGGAAAUGGCCGGCGGUUGUAGAAGGCGAGUUUGAAGGUGAUGGAAGCCGGUCUGGUGCGAAGGGCUUGCGGUUGAUGGACGAGCUGGCCAAAACUAAGAAAGCACAGCGGAAGGGCGUCCUAUAAUCGGGUGGUACAAAGGCUGCACAUAAGAUAUACCCCUGUAGAUAUACAUUGUAUAUAAAAAGCCCAAUAAAAC